AUCUUGGGCGGGUCAAAUGGGUUUGGGCUCAAAUUGCCACCCCUAGCUGGAGGAGACUCGGGUCACUUCCUGGUUGAGAUGGGGUUACAUCAGGGAUCAGCCCUUAGCCCGUUUUUAUUUUCCUUGGCGAUGGACGCAUUGACGCGACACAUUCAAGGGGAGGUGUCAUGGUGUAUGUUAUUUGCAGAUGAUAUAGUUCUGAUUGACGAGACGAGAGCUGGUGUUAACGAGAGACUGGAGGUUUGGAGACAGACUCUCGAGUCUAAAGGUUUCAAGUCGAGCAGAACUAAGACAAAUUAUUUGGAGUGCAAGUUCAGCGACGUUACCCAGGAAGCGGACAUGGAUGUGAGGCUUGAUACACAAGUUAUCCCCAGGAGAGGUAGUUUCAAGUACCUUGGGUCAAUAAUACAAGGUGAUGGAGAGAUUGACGAGGAUGUUACGCAUUGUAUCGGAGCAAGGUGGAUGAAUUGGAGGCUAGUUUCUGGUCUGUUGUGUGAUGAGAAUGUACCACUAAAACAUAAAGGUAAGUUCUACAAAGUAGUGGUUAGACCGACUAUGUUGUAUGGGGUAGAGUGUUGGCUGGUAACGAACUCGCAUGUCCAGAAGAUGAAAGUAGCGGAGAUGAGGAUGUUGAGAUGGAUGUGUGGGCAUACAAGGUUUGAUAAGAUUAGGAAUGAAUUCAUUCGGGAUAAGGUGGGUGUGGCCCCCGUGAAGGAUAAGAUGCGAGAGACGAGGCUGAGAUGGUUCGGACAUGUUAAGAGGAGAAGCACAGAAGCCUCGGUUAGGAGGUGUGAGAGGUUAGCCUUGGGGGUAUGAUGAAGGUUAGAGGUAGGCCAAAGAAAUCGUGGGAGAGGUGAUUAGGCGGGACAUGGCGCAGCUGGAGCUGACUGAGGACAUGACCCUUGAUAGGAGGGUGUGGAGGUCGAGGAUUAGGACAGUAGGCUAGUAGGUAUUCGAGUGUUUCCCCCUACACUCUCAGUCCGAUAGCUUUAGUAUUAGUAUGUUGUAUUUUAUUCUUAGAUUGUUAUUACUAUCUAGCGUAUAAUUGUUCGAUAGCAUUAGUAUUAGUAUGUUGUCUUCUAUUCUUAGAUUGUUAUUACUACCCAGCGUAUAAUUGUUGUUUUGACUACGGUUUUCUUCUUUUAUCUUGUUGUUAUUAAUACUUACUGCCUUCACUUCCUUUAUUUAGCCGAGGGUCUAUUGGAAACAGUCUCUCUACCCUUCCAGGGUAGGGGUAAGGCUGCGUACAUCUUACCCUCCCCAGACCCCACUUGUGGGAAUUUACUGGGUUUGUUGUUGUUAUUGCUGUUGUACUAUGUUCAAUUAGAAUCGAUAGAAGGCGAGUAGGAUUGAUGUGAGGCUGUAGGAAAGUAUACAUCUGACAGUCUGGGAGCAAACUCCAUGGUAAUAUAACGUCCAUUGACACAGCUACCAUCUAGGAGUGAGAGACAAUUUAGAAUCCACUUUAUCUACGAACAAGGAGAUUAUAGGUAAUGCAACUAUGAAAUUUUAUGGAAAGUUUAAUCCUAGCAUACGAUGAAUGCUUACGCCAUGAUUAAGAACCAUGCACCAAGAUGAUGAUUGUGAAUGUUUCCCUAGAAAACCAAAAACCACAAACUUCUGUACUUUAAUAACUAUAUCGGGUUGUCUUUCCCUUCAAAACACUUUGAAUUCCUUCUCCCCAUAAUACCCAACAAACACAAGCUGGAACUGUGCUCCAUACUCUUUUCAGGGACUUUCUUAUACCACCACAGCCUAACAACAAAAUUUUCACUAAACAAGGCAUUACAAACGUCAAAUUGAACAGAUUAAAAAAAUGCUCCAUAGUUGUCUUGCGGCUGUACAGUGUAUAAAAAAUGGUUGUUGCUCUCUUCCUCCUUGUUACACAUAUAACACCUAAUGCACAUCACCAUCCCCCCAUCGCUUCAAGUUCCUUUGAGUAAGACAAGCAUCAUGCAUGAGCAGACAUUUCAUCAGAAGCUUUGAUUAUGUACUUUCAAGUUCUUAAUUCCAAGUCCACCUCUUCUUUUAUCUUGUACCACUCUCUUCCAUUUCACCAAACGAAAUGCUCUUUUUUCCUCGUUUCUGUUCCACCAAAAAUUCCUUCUGAUUUUAUCCAAUUUCUUCUUUACACUAAUCGUCUUAAGAAAUAAAGACAUAAGAUAGGUCGGCAGAGCAUCCAAACACUAUUAAUGAAUAAUUGAAUAUCAUCCUACCUCCAAAAGACAGGUAUUGUCUUUUCCAAGUAGUAGGUUUCUUUUCAAAUCUUUCUUCAAUCUUUUGCCACACAGGUUUAGCCUUGUAUCUAGCUCCUAAUGGCAUACCCAGGUAUGUCGUGGGAAGCUUACCUAUUAGACAUCCAGUUCUCGCCCAAUCUUCUUAAGUCCUCCACAUUAUUAACAGGAAAUAAUGAACUCUUCCCUGGGUUAAUUUUUAGCCCAUAGAUAGCUUUAUACAGUAGCAAGAUACCCCUCAAGUACCUGAGUUGAUUCUCCUCAGCCCCACAAAAUAUAAGUGUGUCAUCAACAUAACGAAUAUGAGAAACCUCCACUCUGUUGAGGCCCCCUAGCCCGGCAGUAAAAUCUUUGAUCCAAUUCCUAAACCUAGCUUUGCAAAGCAUAAGAUUAAGGCCCUCCAUAGCUAGGAUGAAUAAGAAGGGAGACAGUGGGUCCCCCUGUAAGCCCCUGUAUAAGGAGAAAAAAAAGGUUCUGGACUCCCAUACACAAUCACAGAGAACUUUACACUUGAAAUACACCAAUCCAUCCGCCCAAUCCACUUUUCUCCGAACCCAUCUCUUUUAAAAGAUUAAGCAAGUAUGACCAAUUGACGUGAUCAAAAGCUUUUUCAAUGUCCAACUUGCACAUAUUCCAGCUUCAUUUUUCCCAAGGAGAAUAGGAAAUCGAUGCGUAGGAACAUGUCAUCAGCAUGAAAAAAAGCUAGAAAUGCGACUAAUACCUCGUAGUUACUGGUUGAAGAGCAGGAGAAACAAGCGAGAUACAAGAAUCUAAAACACACUAAAACAUGAUCAUUUACUUCGACAUAAUCUAAGGUUUUUCAAACAUUGUUAUAUCUCAUACAAUAAUUCCUUAACCGUUUCAUUGUUCGAUGAGAAUGGAUAAUAAGCUCGAUAGACUGACAUUAGGGGACAUAAAUACAAGUAACCUAAGUUACUCGGACACGAGUGCGGGUGUCCGACACGGGUGCAGAUCUAGAGGUCGGAUCCUUUGAGAUGUAAAUUCUAAGAUUCGAGGAUAAGGAUCCUAGUACGGA